ACAUUGAAGCGAAAACACAAGAGGGGUGCAACUAUCUGGGCUAGAGAUGGAGUUGGGGGGGGAGCUACAACGAGGAGCAGACGACUGGUUGAUGACCUAGGAAGAAGGAUGCAGGAGGUUACAGGUGAUGGUGGGCGAGCUGUCUUUGCGAUCAUACGAGGAGCCAGAGGACGUAGGGGGGGCGAUCUCUCUGGCUGGCUGGGUGAAGAAUAUGGCCGACGACAUGCUGGACAUCAUCUGGGAGCUGGAGGAGGGGCCGGAUCCCCAGCUAGAAUCCUGCAUCGAUUGGACGAGGGCACAUGGCAUGAUGUCUAGCUGUUAUACCCUCUUCACUGAGGGCCGUAACCUGCGCUAUAAGCUGGAGGAGCGGUUGAUAGGCAAUGGCGACAAGGAGGAUGAGAACUGGCAGGAGAAUGGAGCGCAGGAAGACAAGGCUAACUCCGACGUCAACACCGACAACAACAACAACAACAAUAUUAACAACAACAACGACUACAACAACAACAGCGACAACGACAACAACAACGGGCUUAGCAAUAAAAACAAUGACAACAACAACAUCAGCAACGACAACGACUUCAACAACAACAACGACAACAACAACGGUCACAGCGACAACAACAACGGUCACAGCGACAACGAUGUCAGCAUCAACAACAACAACAACGUCAACAAUUACAUCAACAACGACAAAGACUACAACGGCAGCGAUGACCACGGCAACAGUGAUGCGGUGGGAAUUGGGGCAGAUAACAACAACAACGACGAUGGGGAUGAUAACAACAACAACUGCGAUGAUGGCAGCAAUGGUGACGGCGGUGGCAGCGAUGAUGGCGAUAGAGAUGUGAGGAUUGGGGAUGAUAACAGUGAUGGGGAUGACAAUAACAACAACAGAGAUAGGGAUGAGAACAACAACAACUACAAGGAUGGCGGCAACGACGACGGCGGUGGAAGCGGCUACGACAGCGGCAACAAUGACCAUGGGAGCAGCAGGGCAGAGAGCAUCAACACGACGGGAAAGAAGCCCCAUGCUGACGUGGUGGGGAGUGGAGUAGACACGGAUAAGAGGGUCAUAUGCGGAGUGAUGUGCCUGGUGGACGAGACGAUCCCCUAUGGCUUACUGGGGGGAGACGAGAUACCGGAAUGGGCAGCAAGAAGUGCAGCCAUAACAGUGGAAUUAAACACCUUUGUGUGGAAGCCGAACUACUUGGAGAAGAGGAUCGAGCCAAAGGCGAUCCCGCUCCUUGAUCCCAAGCAUUGGCAGGUGUGGCGCGAGACUUUUGUCGAUCUGUCUGUGUGCUUGGCCCGAGUGGAGGUGACGUGGACGAGGAUCGACGAGCAUCAGGUGUGUAUCGAGUACCUGGAGCUACUGAUCAUUCAGGCUUGGAGAACUGACGUGGAGGGCGAUCUUCUCGGUUUUCUUUUCGGAUCGGUGCGGCCAGGCCAUCGCCAACCAAUUGUCCAGGAACUCGUCGUCCCACUCGCGCAACUGGUCGACGACCUCUCUCUCGAUAUUGUUUCGCAAAGUGACGAGAGUCCGGCUCCGCACGUCCUUACUCGGACCUUGGCACCGUAUCUUCAGUGGUCGGCGUGCUUGGAAGAACCAGGGAGUGAAAGCACCCUGCCAUCGCGGCAGGAGUACUUGAAGCCGUCCGGAGUCAUCGAUCUUGCCUUCUAUCCGAAGCAAGAUACGUCCGAGGAGGCGGUGGAAGAGGAAGAGGAGGAAGCCACCAAAGAAGAGGGCGACGUUGAAGAAGAGACGUCGGAGGAGGGAAGUUAUAGUGAGCACAGCGAAGGAGAGCAGAGUGAAGAAGAAGAAGAAGAAGAAGAAGAAGAAGAAGAAGAAGAAGAAGAAGAAGAAGAAGAAGAAGAAGAAGAAGAAGAAGAAGAAGAAGAGGAGGAAGCCGGAUCGGAGUGGGAGACCUUGCCGGAAGAAGCGGCCCGCACAGGCACAGAGGCGGAAGAUCCCGAGGUGGCACGUAAGAGAGAAGAGAUCGCCGCCGGGAAAAGCCAGCUGGAGUUCGCUCGCGAGGCAAACCUGCGCAUCAACGACGACCCGAUCAGGGAUCCAGAUCCCCUCAAGCCCGAAGAUGGCGAACCAGCAGCCGCGGCUCCGAGCGCAUCGCGACGGAGACAGAGCCGAUCCCCCUCCCCUUCCACCCCAGUUCGUCCACGUACCGAUGCGGGGAAUCGGCCUUCGUCCCCGGUCAUUAUCCCGCCAGGUUCGAGUCCAUCUAAGGCUAUCCUAUGUGCACUGCAAUCGCAGGUGACAGAAAGGGAGCGGCAGUUUGCAAAAUUUGAGGUUUAUGUGCGACACCUAUGGGGCAUUUAUCAGACGAACGAUUAUUUUCCCAAGUCCAUUAGGCAAAGAAAGAUAACAGAAGAGCUCAAGAGGAACCGCAUUCAAGACUUUCUCAAGUUGCUGGCAAGAGAUCCAAGGCAGACUAUCGGACCAGAGUCACCACCAUGGAAGCUGUUCGAUGACGACGAGGACCACGGUGGUAACGACUACAAUACCAACGACGUCAACAAGAGCUACAACCAUAAGCCUUUGCUGCACAAACCUUUUGACUGCCAGGAGCUCAGAUACUGCAUUCAUCUGCUGACACCCAACAAACCACCUCCAAACGUCAAUGCAUGAACAACAAAUCAACACUACAAAGUUGGGCGAGGCCGCACACAGAAACAACAAUCUUGUCGCUGGGAGAAAUCGGUCGGUCAGACACUACCCGAUGCUAUCAGCCGUUGCUGCCAGGACGGUCAUAUCAGCAUUUCAGGAGCAUGCAGACUAACAUUUUUUUUUGGUUUUUCAUUUCUUAAAAAGAAUAUCUAGAUCUGUGCCUUUUUCAUUUCGACUCUCCAGAGUCUCCACUCUUGGCCGGGCACGGGAAUCCAGUGAGGCACAAGUUCCUGAGAUUGAAUGUUUCCGCCCUCUGACCACAUUGUACUGAAAGGCACGGACCAAUGGAUUCCGGUGUGUGGGUGUAUGCUGCGCGCCAAGCAAGUGUGGUGCGGGGUCGCCUCGCACAUGCCCUAUAACACACACACACACACACACACACACAUGCGAUGCUCUUCUGAGCACAGUGGAUAUUGCGGACGAGCUGAAAGGAAACACAGCAAGCUCUCCUCCACGACCUAACCAUGUUGAAGAGGAGUGCUACCUUCAAGAGAAACCUACCUGUCACUUUUUCUCACCUCCUCCCUCUUUUUUUUUUCUUUUUUUUUUCGCCUCACCUCCUCCGCAUAAGUGGAGGUGGUGGCAAGCCCCUGCUAGCGUACAUAAGCGAGAGAUUUGUAGGAUGAAAGACAAAUAAACUAAUAAAUGAAUACGAACAGG